UAUUGACAAAUGUAUUUAUGCAUAUUUGUCCGGGUGGGAAAGCCCAGGUCCAUUCCGGGAUGGGUCAACUUUUUAGACUUCUACUUGAGAAGCCCAACAUAACAGUCCCUGUCGCAACAGACAAUGCACUCACUCCUCUUCCUCCUCGCUCUUCCUCUUCUUCCUCCUCGCUCCUCUUCCUCCUCACUCUUCUUCCUCCUCCUCGCUCCUCUUCCUCCUCGCUCUUCCUCCUCGCUCUUCUUCCUCCUCUUCGUCCCCGCAUCCUCUUCCUCCUCACUCUUCUUCCUCCUCCUCCCUCCACUGCAGCAGUUAGAGAUGGUGAGCCUAGCGGUUGGAUCCACAUCCCCCUUCUAGACACAGUCAACAACCCCAUCAGGACGUUCAUGAUCCAGAUAGCUGUGUUAGCCAACCACCAGAACGGCAGAGACACGCACAUGAGACAGAUCAAAGUGUAUACCCCCGUGGAGGAGAGCUCCAUCGGCAAGUUCCCAAGAUGCACCACGGUCGACUUCAUGAUGUACCGCACCAUCAGAUGACACUGAGGGUUCCGGGUGGAACCUCCUCAGGGUUCCGAAUAGAACUUUCCAGAGUUCGGGUGGAACCCUUAAGUGUACAUUGUUGACAAAUAAGGGAAUUGGAAUGCUAAGUUUUUAAAAAAAAAUGAAAUAUAUUAUUCUAAUUUUCAAGUUAACCUGAAAUCCUUUUCAUUUAAGAUUACAUGGAGCCACUCAACGUAUUACGGUCUCUGUCUGCAUCCCAAAUGGCACCUAUUCCCUAUAUAGUAGACUACUUUAGAC